AUGGUGCAGUCUGUUAAGGUUAGCGAGAUAGUCAAAAGGAGACGCGAGACGGAAGACUCCGACUCCGACAUAGAUAUCAGCAGCACUGACUCGGAAACGGAAGUUGGAUUGGACCAAAAUGAAGAAGUUGUGAAUGUAGACUUUGACUUCUACGACGGAAAUAAGAACGUGGACUUCCACGCUUUGAAGCAUCUCAUGCGACAGCUAUUUGGAUCGCACGAGUCGAACCGGAUCCAACUAAGUGCUUUGGCGGAUAUGAUCCUGGACUCACCAACGACGACUAUAAAGACAGAUGGGCCCGAAUCCGAUCCAUACAGUUUCCUGUCUUUGGUAGACUACAAGGCGAACAGGAACAGCGACUAUGCACAAUAUUUGCACAAGAUAGACGACCGACUUUCGAAACAGCUGAACAAAAUUGAGGCGUCCAACCAGUCAUGCGCCAUGCUACUUGGGGAACGGCUCAUCAACAUGCCACCAGAGAUCAUCGCGCCACUCUACCGUAUCACUUUAGAAGAUGCGUUGAAAAACUCUGGAAACGGGAAGCACUACGACUGGUACGUCAUCGUGAGUCGCAAGUUCGAAGUUAAUUUGGACGUGGACCAGGACGAGCAACAGAAACAAAGCGCCAAAAAACGGGCCAGGACCGCAGAAAUUGACUAUUUUCACCCUGAGGAUGCCUUUUUUGAACGUCACGCUGCUCUUCACUUCGACGGCGACGGCAGAAAGGGCUUGAUCCCCACUUACGUCGUAAUAAGCCACGAUUCGUUGAACAAGGCCAUUGCCGAGUGUGAGCUGGAAAUAGCCAAGUGGUAG